AUGGAGGCGUCGGAGGACACAGGAGCAUCGACGGCUAUGCACGUGGAGGAGGACAACGCGGGGUCGGCGGCUGGAAGCCUCAGCUCUGGCAGUGUCGAGCCGGGACCAUCACAGGGUCAGGAAGGAGGAGGAGAGAAGCGACGGGAGACGGGAGACGGAUGGUGCAGCAUGUCAGACUGGCAGCCGGGAGAGGGGGCGUUUGUGGACAUGACGGAGUCAGGGGAGGGGAUGGGCUUGGGGUGGCUGGAGGAGUACAUGCCAGGGGGAGGGAACGAGUACCUUAUGGGGGGAGUUUAUGACUACGUUAUAUAG